UUAUCGCAAGCCGUCGCAGCGGCAUACACCCAAAUCCCCACCUUCAUGUCCCGCUUCUCCAUCCACGACGCGCCCUCGUUCCUCCGCUUCGCCAACGAUUUGUUAACAUGGGUUCCGAGCGAAGGGUGUGAAGGGCGUGAUAUUUACGAUGUGUUGUGUAUGUUUUACUUUGUGCUCGGCCAGGAGCCUCUGGGUUCGCUGCAGGCGAGGAUCGUCCCAGGAGGGACUGGUGACGAGAAGGGAUGUGGGAGGAAGAGACGUGCGAGUUGGUUGUCGGAUUGGAUCGUUGUAUAUGCGCAGAUGAUUGGAUCAUGGAUGGAUUCGAGUGAGUCUUUGACGGAGGAGAGUUUGGAGACGUUUUGGAGGUGUGGACGAUAUAAUCUCCAUGAGGCUGAGGUUCCUGAAGGGGGGUUUAGGAGCUUUAAUGAGUUUUUUGGGAGGAGGUUGAAGGUUGGGGUUAGGAGUGUUGAAGGGGUUGGGGAGGAGGGGGUCGUUGUUUAUCCUGCUGAUUGUAAGCUUACUGGGAGUGAGGAUGGGGAUGGUGAAGGAGGAGCAGGUGGUGGUGGUGGUGGUGGGAUUGUGGAGGUUGAGAGGGGGGGUAUUGUGAGGAUUAAGGGGCUGCCUUGGACCAUUGGGGAGUUGCUGGGCGAAGGUGGAGAGGGGGGAAGAGGAAGAGGAGGGGGGGGGAAUGAAGGGUUUGAGGGGGGCAUAUGGAUGCAUGCGUUCUUGAACUCGUAUAAUUACCAUCACGUACAUGCCCCUGUAUCGGGGAGGGUUGUUGAAGCGAGGAAGGUUAGGGGGCUGGCUUGUUUCGAGGUUGUUGUUGAAGAGGGGGAGAAGGGGGCAACAUGCCGCCGAGUUGAAGGCAUCCCCCAGCGGAAGGAGGAAAGGGUAUUGACGGCGCCCAACACGCCAGGUUACCAAUUCCUUCAAACCCGAGGACUGGUUAUCAUUGAGAAUCCCCUCCUGGGGAAGGUCGCGGUCUUGCCUAUUGGUAUGGCCAUGGUUUCUUCCGUCAGGUUGAGUGUAAAGGUUGGCGAUGUGGUGAAGAAGGGUGAUGAGAUUGCGGGGUUUGCGUUUGGGGGGAGUGAUGUGGUUUGUGUUUUUGAGAGGAGGGCUGGGUUGAGGGCUGAGGAUUUUGUGAGGAGUCCACCAGGGGAAGGAGAGUGGUCUAGGUAUGGGACUGUUUUGGCGAGGGUUCCU